CCUGGGCCUCUUUUCCACCUCACCCCUGUGCAGGUGCCCCCAAAGAUGAGCUGAAGGUUUCUUCCGGCAUCGGGGAAGAGGUGGGGUCCCCUGAAGCCGACGUCGAGGGGCUGCGCCGACGGAAAGGCCGGGUCGACGUCCAGCAGGUGGGGCCGGAGCUGACCCAUGACCAAGCUAAGGAAGCUCCAGAGGACGAGGACGAUGGGCUUUCCAGGGUGAAGUGGCUGCUGGCCGUUUUAGCUGUUGUGGGUUUUGGAGUCUUGGCCACGUUGGGGGUCUUCCUUGACAACGAGGACGGGGGCUUUGACAUGCUGAACCUGGGGCUGAGUCCUGACAGAGAAGAGCCAUAUCCUGCCAAUGGUGGACAGGACUGGUCACCCUCUCUGGGCUCAACGAAAGAUGCUCCACUCCACGCAGGCAGAGAAAACCUUUCCGAGGAUCCGAAGAGCUUGGAUGCCAUGGGAGUCUUGCUGGACAAAUUAGCCAAGGAAAAUCAAGAUAUCCGACUGAUGCAGGCUGAGCUUCAGGCCCAGAAAGAAGAACUGGAGACUUUGCUGCAGAGAUCCCGAGACAAGAAUUUGGCCGUCGAUUCCCUGCAGCAGAAUUUGGCUGCAGAAAACCAACGUUUGGCAGAGACCUUGAAGAAGGAGACGGCCGCCCUCUCGGCCGCCCAGGGCGAACUCCAGCUUCUCCGGGAAAAGGUCCGCAGGCUGGACACGCCGGGCGAUGCCAAAUCCCGCCAGCCUCCCGCCGGAGAAGACCCCGUCUCUCGCCGCCCGCCGGGUAAACUCGAUUUUCAAGAGAAGGAGCUCCGUCAUCUACGUUCCUUGCUGGUUUCCGUCCGUCAGGAUUUGGGAAAGCUGGUGCAAAAAGCUCCCCUGGAGGAAUUGAAAAACCUGGAGCAGAGGCUGGGCAAGGAGCUAGACCUCAGGGAGGCCGGGAAAGAGAGCGGCAAAGCGACGAAGCAGGGCAAAGCGAAACCGUGGCAGAAGAAACACCAAGGGGAGGAGAGAUUUCGGCACCAGGACGCCGGGGAGCCCAAAGUGGCCAACCAAAAGGGACCCCACCCUGCUAAGAAACACCAAACGAAGCCCCCCAAAGGAGGGGACCCCCAGCGGGGACCCCGCAAAGCCCGAAAACCCCAGGAAUUGUGGGCGGCGCUGGCCAAGCAUCCUUUCCCCGCCCCGCAAGGCUGUUCUGGGGUCACCGAAUGCGCCCACCAGGAGGGUUUCUUGGCCCCCAUUCAGAAGGCCCCCUUCCUCAAACUGGUCCAGAGUUACCUCUCCGGAUUGGGCUGGGGUAGAUAUUCCGGCGAGCUGUUCCCAGUGCUGGAAGGUUUUUUCGAUGGCGACGGGCUCUUCGCUCACGAGCGGCUCGGCUUCGCGGACUUUUUGGACAAAACCGAAGACGCCCUGGAAGAGCUGGCCCGCCAUUUGGGGGUGAGCGAAGACGGGGUGGACGAUUUCGAAGACGACAUCCUGAAGCAGCUGGGGGUGGCCCCCAGGCGCAGAUCCACUCGGGGAGACGUCGCCAAAGAGCGGAGCCAUCCUAAGAAUCGGGCGUAUGGUUAAGCCCUUCUUUUCGACCGGCGUGGCGAGGGUCGCGUGGACUUUGGUGGAAGCCUCAAGGGAAGAACCUCCUUAAUUUCCUUGCCCGUUUUUUUUUUUUGGGGGGGGGGGGGGGCUAUUUCCCCCCUACCCUCUCUUCAAACUUUAUAUCCCAUCUUAUACAUCCAGUGAAUUUAUUAGCUGAUGCCUCAGAGCUCUCCUUUCCUCGAUCCAUGUUUUGGGUGUUAAAUAUUGUCCCCUUUGACCCUGAUUUCCCCCCCCACACACACACACACACACUUCCUGGGUGUAAAGUAAUUCAUAUCCUCUAAUGGGACACCUCCAUAGCCCAGAGUCAUCCAUCAUAUUCUCCAAUUAGAAUUUAGC